UAUUUGGAUUGCUGUACCAGGACUAUUCUUCCGACUUGCCACGGACCCUUUACCCGGAGUUUCCAUCCACAGGAAAAGAAAAAGAGGCCCUUCCCGUCCCGGAUUGGAUCGUCUGGUUUCGCUUGGGUGACAGUUCAUCAUCCCACUUGCGCGCCUAUUCCCCUUCCUCUUUUUUUUCCCCCUUCUCAACGCUAGCAUGUACCCUACUACCCUUCCAACUCCCCCGCCGUCUCCUAUCGCGCGCUGCUAUGCCCCCGAGGACCGUUUAGGACUGCUCUUGGCCAACCGGCUGGAGCUCACCAGCAUCCUGGGUGUCGGAGCCUAUGGCGUGGUCUACACCGCCAUUGACAUCCACACCAACGUCCCCUAUGCUGUCAAGGCCCUCAACAAGACCGGACUCGACUCCAGACAGCGCAAGUUCCAGCAGCGCGAGAUCAAGCUGCACCAUCUGGCUAGCCAACAUCCCAAUGUGGUCUCCCUGGUCCGCAUCAUGGAUUCCGUGGAUUGUACUUUCGUCGUGAUUGAAUUCUGUCCCGAGGGCGACUUGUUCUCCAGUAUCACUGAGCGCGGCCACUUCGUCGGGAAUGACCCGCUGGCCAAACGUGCUUUCCUACAGACCUUGGAUGCCGUUCAGUUCUGCCAUUCCAUCGGAAUCUAUCACCGCGACUUGAAGCCGGAAAACAUUCUGGUCACCGACCACGGGAUGACCGUCAAGCUGGCCGAUUUUGGCCUGGCUACCACGGACUAUUAUACGUCGGACUUUGGCUGCGGUUCCACCUUCUACAUGUCGCCAGAAUGUCAGCAAACCAACCCGAGACCCAUGUCUUGCUAUGCCUCGGCCCCUAAUGAUGUUUGGAGCCUAGGUGUCAUCUUGGUGAACCUGACCUGUGGCCGCAAUCCGUGGAAGCGUGCUUCCCCAGAGGACUCAACCUUCCGGGCUUUCCUCAAGGACCCAGAGUUCCUCCGGACCAUUCUGCCCUUGACCCCGGAGUUGAACUACAUCCUGAGACGCAUCUUUGAAUGCGACCCCGUCAAGCGGAUUACCAUCCCGGAGUUGCGGACGUUGAUCAUGGAGUGCCCCGCCUUCACUACCACUUCCUACAGUUCUUGUGUACCGGCUGGACCGAAGAUCGCCUACACGGAGGAGCCUGCCGUGGGCUUCAUGAACUACGCCCAGCUGCCGCUGACGCCGCCAGCCCAAGCUUAUGACGUGGAGUACUCCGAUUCUGCCGUCUCGGACACUUCUCUGACGGACGACGACACCAUCUCAUCGGUGUCGUCUUCGUCUGACGAUGAGUCGGAGAUGCAGUCCAACGGCUACAGAUACAUUGCUCCCCCCCAGUACUGGGGUUCCAUCGGUCAGUUGACCGACGUGACAGAAAAGUCCCUGGUUCCGAACCGACCUGCUGGACCGGUCGUCGAGGCUUAUUAAAAACAAAAUAUUACACCUUCGACAUGGCUUUGGGCACAUCAACGUUACGCAGUCACGAAGUAUACGGUUUAUUUCUGCACUCGAACCUCAACAUCACAUACUACUCUAUCUAAUCAUUGGGCGCCUUUUUCCAGUACCACCCCCAAAAAAAGUCCAAUACUUCACGAUUUCAACAUUACCGCCACUCAAAAAGUGUCUUUUCCAUCGAAAAGGCAUUGGUUUUCAUUUUUUUCUUGGACGGUCACCCAACCUAACCUGGUCUCUUUUCUCUUCAACCCGGACAUAUCAUACUUGGCUUGCCGGUCCAUCUGUUAAUGAUGGGCAACGAAGUUGUCCAUGGAAACCCUUACAGUCCCUGGACUGGCCGGAUAUAUACUUAGACUUACCACUUCACUUCACUUUGUCACGCUCCCACUUGUGAGCGGGUUUGCUUUCAAGGCUACAU